AUGCUGUCGCUACAGCUGGCUCACCAGAUGGCGAACAGACAUGUGCUACUUGUUGGGUGUGGAACUGUUGGGAUGACUAGGGUACAUAAACUCAUUCCAACAGGAUGCAAGUUGACAAUUAUUUCACCCGAGAAUGAUGAAGAGUUGCUUGAAUAUUUACCAGAGUCUGAACACAAUGUGGAAGACAAGUCAUCCGGCCAGGAUAGUGAGUUCAUCAACCAUGAUUGGACACCGGAAAUAGCUCAAGUAUAUCACUUGAUUCGUCGUCAGUUCCAAGACAGUGAUAUUUCUUUACACAAGUUUGAGAUAGUUUUAACAUGUCUGCCCAGUGGGGAGUUGAGUACGCAUAUCUAUGAUUUGUGUAAACGGCCGCCUGGUAAUGGUAUUAUGUGCAAUGUUGCGGAUGUUCCAAAUAAAUGCGACUUCUACUUUGGGAGCAACUGCCUUUUAGGAAGCCAAGGAUUGCAAAUAAUGAUAUCCUCGAAUGGGUGUUCUCCAAGGCUCACGGCGCUCUUAAAAGAAGACAUAAUCAGGAGAUAUCAGGGAUUGGAAUGGGAUGAAAUGUGCAAACGGUUGGGUGAUCUGCGGGCUCAGGUAAGGGAAAAGAGCGCAGGAAUGGAGGGGUUUUCCAAACAGGAGAUCAUACGAUUCAGGAUGGAAUGGAUUAAACACGUUACAACUGAAUUUGGUCUAGACAAUUGUGCACAAAUUGAUGUUCCAAAGCUGUGUGAUCUGUUUGAUACGAUGGCACUGAAGGCAGCCGAUCAUGGGAAGGAACCAACAGGUUUUCCAGAUUCCCUAGUUCAGGAAUAUUCAGAGAAUCCGAAGCGAAUAGAAACCUGUGAAAUCUAA